AUGAGUGAAUGCCCAGAACCACAAAGCAAGUCUGAUUCGGAUGAGACUGGGAAGCAGUCUACAAGAAAGAAAUCGGAUCACCGAGGCAGGAAAGGCCAUGGACGUGGACGUGGAGCUAAGGAAGGCUCAGGCAAAGACAAAAGGCAGGUUAAAAGCAAGAGGAAGCCUUACCGCGGGUCAGCUAGGAAAGCUGAUUACAACUCUGAAUCUGAUGCUGGAUCGACGACUGAGGAUAGCGAUGAUGAACGGGCUGCCAGGGUUAAGAUAAUAUUCCCGGAUGAGCAGGCCCCAGUCGCAAAGAGCAAUGGUAAACGGGAUGUUAGGAUUGAGGAAUCCUUGGAACAUGCCCUAGUUGCGAAGCAGGUCCUAGUCGAGAAGGGCGAUGGUCAACGGGCUGCCUUAGUCGCAAAAAGCAAUGGUAAACGGGAUGUAAGGAUUGAGGAAUCCUUGGAACAUGCCCUAGUUGCACGGAUCAGUGAAGAGCAUGAAUAUCUGAUUGAUGAGUCAGUCAAACGAGUUGACGAUGACCAUUGGGUAAUUGAUUGUGGUGCAACGUGUCACUGCACCGGAGAUAUCAAAUGUUUUGAGAGUUUAGAUCGCAGGUAUAAAGGCCGAUUGGGAACAGUGAGCAAGAGUACCAAAAUCGAUGGAAAAGGGUUGGCUAUUAUACCAUUAGAGAAUGGUUACUGUGCAAGAGUAUGCGAUGUCAUGUAUGUCCCUGGGAUGAAAGGGAGUCUAUUAUCAACCCAGAUGUUGUAUAUCGAUGGAAUAUAUAAUUCUCAUGAGGAGAAUGGAUAUCGAUUCUACCGGACGGACCGGAAGACAUUGGCGACGGGUUAUAAUAUUGGACGGACAAGCUAUCUAGGUACAGUGAAGUAUCAAGAUGCCUUAUUGACAAGAUCGCAAGGCCCGAAUAGGGAAUUCACGGCACUUUUGGCACAUGAGAAGCAACCAGAUUGGGAAUUACUGCAUCGGCGCUUUGGUCAUGCUGGAGAACGCAGGAUGCGUAGACUAGCAAAGCGAUUAAGGAUAACAUUUGAAGAGCCAGGAGAUUGUGAAAACAGGAAUGCAGUUCCUAAGGUAAAGAAACCGUUGGAAAGGGUCUCAGUGGAUUUCUGGGGACCAUAUAGAAAAGGCGAAGGCAAAGAGACUUAUUACCUGUCCAUUACGGAUGAUGCUACUCGAUUCUCGUGGAUUCAUAUUACUGAUAAUCGACGGUUGGAGACCGUUCAGAAAAUACUGUCUCGAUGGAUGAGGAGACAAGAAAGGGAGCUGGGGAUGCUCCUAGUCAACAUUCGACUCGAUAAUGCUAAGGAAUUCGUUGCGUUGAAACCUUGGGCAGAAGAUCUAGGGAUAGAUCUUGAAUUUACAGAGUCCUAUACACCAGCACAGAAUGGUGUUGCAGAGCGGUUGAACCGCUUGUUACUGGAAAUUGCGAGAUCCUUGAUGAUAGGAAUGAAUGUUCCAAAGGCGUAUUGGCCAUACGCACUCAAAAUGGCCAACUUCAUCAGGAAUAGAACUGUUUUCCUGAAGGGAAAUAAGAAGUCGCCUUACGAGGCUCUAUUUGGUGAAGAAUGGAAACUGUCAAAGUUUCGAGUGCCCUUCUGCAAAGUUUGGUUUCAUAUCGAAACAGAUGAUAAGCUUGAACCUAGAGCAGAGGAAGGGGCACUAGUGGGCUUUACAAAGAGCUGA